AUGGAAGCUGCGAGUAUAGCGAUUUAUGUCAUUGACAAGGCACUUAGCUUGCUAGAAAAAGCCAAUGGAGACAUGAUUAGUCUGAAACUCAAGCUGGAGAGUCUUCAGGAAUUGGUCAUGAACAAAGACGCACAGAAUUGGAUCGCGGAAGAAUGGUUGACGGAUGCAGCAAAGGCGGCGCAACGUGCAGGGUACGUCUUGGACAUGUACCUUCUUCAGGCUGCAGAGCGUCCAGAUUUAGUUAUAUGGUCCUCCAAAAAGAGAAAGAUUUAUUUUCAUUGCCGAAAGGAUUUUGGAGAAGGAGAUCCAAUCUUAGUUCCGAAGAGAACUCGUACAGUUCCAGUGAAGAAGAUCAGAUUCUCGGAGAUUAAGUCAUCCCGCAUCAUUGAAGAAGGUGAACUUGUGGGCGUUAAGGCUCAAAAAGAAGAACUUGUGAGCAUGCUGGUUGGAGAAACAUCCACGCGCUUGGCGAUUUCAUUGGUUGGUGUAGGUGGAGUUGGUAAGACCUCUCUUGCUAGUACUGUCUACCAAAGUGAAGAGGUUCGACGACACUUUGAUCUUCGUGCUUGGAUCAAUGUGUCACAAUCAUGCAGCUUCGAGAAUCUUUUCAGGCGUUUAACAAAGAUGAUCUGCGAAGAUGGAGACUCGAGUGAGGAGGAAAUGGACACGAUGCAAGAGCAAGAGCUAAUUAGUCGCUUGAAGCAACUUUUGUCCCCAAAGAGAUUAUUCGAGAUGUGCAUUGCCGAGGGUUUUGUUAAAGGAGAGAUUGGCAAGGCGUUGGAACAAGUUGCAGAAAUAGUCCAUGGUGUCAUGCAUGAAGUUCUUGUAUCAAAGGCCAAACAAUUUGAGAUCUGCCAGAUUUUUGAGGAUAAAGACUCUUCAUCAUUAGUAGAUCCCGAAAGUCGUCGGCUGUCACUCCACGGUGGAGCAAUAAAUACUUUGGAAAUCACUGUCGACCAGUCCAGGGUCCGUUCUAUUUUUCUUUUUGAUUUCCAGGGAACAAUAAUGACAAGAUGUUUGGAGGUUAGUUUGUUCGAAAGAUUCAAGCUUCUAGAGUUGUUGGAUUUCGAAAAUACUCCACUAGAUGAUCUCCCAAUGGAAGUGGGAAACUUAUUCUUCUUGAAGUGCUUGAAUUUGAGGAAUACAAAAUUGAAGAAGCUUCCAAAGUCUCUGGGUCUACUACUCAAUCUACAAAGCUUAGAUGUUAGAAAUACACUGAUUAAUGUGCUACCAAUCGAAAUCCAGAAGCUCCGGAAACUGAGACACCUUUUGGCCAGCUCUCAUAAUGGCAAUGUUCCCUCAUGUUCCAUUAGUGGAGCAAGGAUCAAGGAAGGGAUUUGUUCUUUGGAGAACUUGCAAACGCUAAUGACUGUGGAAGCACAAAAGAGUCGAAGAAGUUGA